AUGUGUGACGAUCAGGACACUCGCCCUACCAAGAUUCAGCGAACUGAGGCUUCGGAGGAGACUCAGGUGGACAAGUCUAGCGGUGUUACCACCGCCUCUCGCUCGGAGAACGCCGCUCUGAAGGGUGUGCAGCCUUUCGGUGCCUCGAGCGCUAGCGACUUCUUGAGCAAUGUCUCGCGUUUCAAGAUUAUUGAGUCGACUCUGCGUGAGGGUGAGCAAUUCGCCAACGCUUUCUUCGACACGGAGACCAAGAUCAAAAUUGCCAAGGCUUUGGACAAGUUCGGUGUGGACUGCAUUGAGCUGACUUCGCCGGCUGCCUCGGAGCAGAGCCGUAAGGACUGUGAGGCCAUCUGCAAGCUUGGCCUGAAGGCUAAGGUCAUCACUCAUAUCCGUUGCCACAUGGACGACGCUCGUAUUGCCGUGGAAACCGGUGUUGACGGUGUGGAUGUCGUUAUGGGCACGUCCAAGUUCCUGCGUGAAUACUCGCACGGUAAGGACAUGACCUACAUUACUAAGGCUGCUGUCGAGGUUAUCAACUUCGUGAAGAGCAAAGGUAUUGAGAUUCGUUUCUCGACCGAGGACUCGUUCCGCUCGGAUCUCGUUGACCUGCUGAGCAUUUACCAGGUGGUCGACAAGGUCGGUGUGAACCGUGUUGGUGUGGCUGAUACUGUCGGUGUGGCGAACCCGCGUCAGGUGUACGACCUUGUCCGUACUCUUCGUGGUGUUGUGGGUUGUGACAUCGAGUGCCACUUCCACAACGACACGGGCUGUGCUAUUGCGAACGCCUACACUGCUCUGGAGGCUGGUGCCACUCACGUGGACACCUCUGUGCUGGGUAUUGGUGAGCGCAACGGUAUUCCGAGUUUGGGUGGUUUCAUUGCUCGUAUGUACGCUGCCGACCGUGAUUAUGUUAUGAGCAAAUACAACCUGCAGGCCCUUCGUGAGGUCGAAGACAUUGUGGCUGAUGCUGUUCAGGUCCAGAUUCCUUUCAACAACCCUGUCACUGGUUACUGUGCUUUCACGCACAAGGCUGGUAUCCAUGCCAAGGCCAUUCUUGCGAACCCGAGCACGUACGAGAUCCUCAAGCCCGAGGACUUCGGUAUGAGCCGCUAUGUUUCCAUUGGCCACCGCCUCACUGGCUGGAACGCGGUGAAGAGCCGUGCGCAGCAGCUUGGUCUUGACCUGACUGAUGACCAAAUCAAGGCUGCCACCAACCGUAUUAAGGUUAUGGCUGACAUUAAGGACCAGACGAUGGAGGACGUUGACGCUGUUCUGCACGUGUUCCACCGUGCGAUCCGGAAUGGCCAGAACGUGAGCCAAGAUGCUGUGUUUGACAAGCUCUUUGAGCAGCACGUUGCUGCACGUGGCAAUGCGAUUGAGGAUGGUCCGGCUGAGGACAACUAA